CAAGCUGUGUGUGGGGCAGGGGAUGCAGGGGGGCCUUGGGGCAGGGAUGGGGUCCCCUCGAGCUCAGGCUGCUCCCAAACCCCCCCACACCCCCCAGCCCAGGGGGGUGAUGCCCUAAUAGGCAAGAGGCCCAGCAGCCCCCCAGGUUUGGGUAGGUCCUACAAUAAGUCGGGGGGCUGCCGCUGCCCCGUGGCCGGUGGGAGGGGAUGGUCCCUGGUGUGCGUGUCACCGGCCGCGGUGACGUGUGACGAACGGGGCAGGUCUCGGCAGGGAGCAGGGGGCCUGGGGGAGGUGGGGGUCACGGUCCCCCCUGCCCCAGCCUGCUGCUCGGAGCAGACCCCCUGUGUGGCAUGAGGGAGGAGGCCACGGCCCCUGCGUGGGGGGCACCGAGCCAGGGGUUCUGACUCCUUCCCGGGCUGCCAAACCCAGUGAGAGACCCCCAGAACCCCAUGGGGGUCCCGGGGCAUCUGCCCCCCCAUAACUCCACAGGGAUCCUGGGGCACCUGAGGUCCUGGGGGACCCCCCCAUAGGGGUCCUGGGGUACCACCCCUAUAGACCCAUAGGGGUCCUGGGGGACCCCCCCAUAGGGGUCCUGGGGUACCACCCCUGUAGCCCCAUAGGGGUCCUGGGGGACCUUCCUCUCCCACAGCCCUUAUGGGGGUCCUGGACACCUCCCUCCCCGUGGGGGGGUCCCGGGCCAUCUCCCCCUCCCCAACAUCGCCCCGUGGGGGUCCCGGGGCACCCGCCCCCGCCAGUGCCGGGGCUGAGCGGGGCGGCGGGGCUGGGCGGCCCCGGUUCCCGGCCCCCGCCCCCGGCUCCCCCCCGCCCCUCCCCGCCCUCCCGCCGGUGCCUGCUCGGGGAAAGUUGCGGCGAGCCCCGGUCGGCGGAGGCAGAACCGGCAGCAGCGGGAGGACCGGGGUACGGCGGUACCGACUGCACCGGCGGUACAGGCAGCACCGGAGCACGGUAGAACCGGCGCUUCCCGGCCGAGCAUCCCCGGGGGCCAUGGAGCCGCCGCGGAGCCUCCCGGGGCUGGAGCCCGAACGUGAGGCGCUGGACCCGGCCGGCGGCUGCCCGUCCCCGUUGGAGAUCAAGUCGGUCCCCAGCAAGAAGAUCUGGGUCAAGCUCCGGGCGCUGCUGCGUUACAUGGUGAAGCAGCUGGAGACGGGUGAAGUGAACGUGGAGGAGCUGAAGAGGAAUUUGGAAUACGCCGCCUCGCUGCUGGAGGCCGUCUACAUCGACGAGACGAGGCAGAUGCUGGACACAGAGGAUGAGCUGCGGGAGAUGGGCUCGGACGCGGCGGUGCCCUCGGAGGUGCGGGACUGGUUGGCGGCCACCUUCACCCAGCAGGCGCGGGCCAAGGGGCGCCGGGCAGAGGAGAAACCCAAAUUUCGCAGCAUCGUUCACGCCGUCCAGGCUGGCAUCUUCGUGGAGAGGAUGUUUCGGCGGACGUACACGGCCGUGGGGCCCAGCUACUCCACCUCCGUCCUGAACUGCCUGAAGAGCCUCGACCUGUGGUGCUUCGAUGUCUUUGCGCUGAACCGGGUGACGGACGAUCACUCCCUGAGGACCAUCGUCUUCGAGCUCUUCACCCGACACAACCUCAACAGCCGCUUCAAGAUCCCCACCGUCUUCCUGACGACGCUGCUGGAUGCGCUGGAGGCCGGCUACGGGAAGUACCGGAACCCUUAUCACAACCAGGUCCACGCCGCCGACGUCACCCAGACCGUCCACUGCUUCCUUCUCCGCACCGGCAUGCUGCACUACCUGACGGAGAUCGAGGUCCUGGCCAUCAUCUUCGCUGCCGCUAUCCACGACUACGAGCACACGGGCACCACCAACAGCUUCCACAUCCAGACCAAGUCGGACUGCGCCAUCCUCUACAACGACCGCUCGGUGCUGGAGAACCACCACAUCAGCGCCGUCUUCCGCAUGAUGCAGGACGAUGAGAUGAACAUCUUUGUCAACCUCACCAAGGACGAGUUUGUGGAGCUGCGGGCGCUGGUGAUCGAGAUGGUCCUGGCCACCGACAUGUCCUGCCACUUCCAGCAGGUGAAGUCCAUGAAGACGUCCCUGCAGCAGCUGGAGAGGAUCGAUAAGUCCAAGGUGCUGUCGCUGCUGCUGCACGCGGCCGACAUCAGCCACCCCACCAAGCAGUGGUCGGUGCACAGCCGCUGGACCAAAGCCCUGAUGGAGGAGUUCUUCAGGCAGGGGGACAAGGAGGCUGAGCUGGGGCUGCCCUUCUCGCCCCUCUGCGACCGCACCUCCACGCUGGUGGCCCAGUCCCAGAUCGGCUUCAUCGACUUCAUCGUGGAGCCCACCUUCUCCGUGCUGACCGAUGUGGCUGAGAAGAUGGUGCUGCCCAACGCCGAGGACGGCACCAAAGCCAAGGGCAAUCCGGUGGCCGGCCAGCAGGCCAGCUCGCAGUGGCGGCAGCCGUCCCUGGACGAGCACCUGGAGCUGGGGGAUAUCAAAGCCGACCUGGCUGGGUUCCGCUCCACCUGGACCAAGUACAUCCAGGAGAACAAGCAGAAGUGGAAGGAGCGGGCGGCCAGCGGCAUCACCAACCAGGCGUCCAUCGAGGAGCUGUCGCCCUGCGAGGAGCAGUCGCCCGCGGCCCCCAGCCGGCACAGGCAGAACGGGGACGUGGAAUAGCACCGGGAGGAGCGAGCAGGUCCUCGUCCAGCUGAGUGACGCCGUCUCGCCCAAAGUCUUCGACGCCAUCGAGUUCAGCACCAUUUGCAGGGAAGGAGCCGCCCGGGGCCGCAGGAGGAUCAGUGCCAACCUCCGCGCCAGGAGCAUCCCCGGGGCCGGCAGCCCCCCAGCCCGGCCAGCUCCGGGUGCCUGUGCCAAAUCGGCCACCGAGCCGCGUGGCCUUGGGCCACGGGUGACGGUGACGCCGCUCCUCUCACUGCCACGCCAGCGGCUGCCCGGCGCCUCCCCCCACCGGGUUUUGUCCUUACGGCUUUUUAAAAAAGCUUCUUUUUGCCCCACUGGGGAGCUGGGGGAGG